AUGGCCAAAACCCGAGGAGCUAAGUCCUCGUCCCCAUCAACUCGCCUGAGAAUCCCAAAAGAGAGCCCUGUCCAAGCUGCCAUACCCGAGCCUCCACGGCCACUGGUCGUCCCACCUCCGGUUGAGGACGCACCCAUGAGUCCUCCUUUGAGGCGCUAUCAGACAAGGAAGUCACUCACCAUGGUCGGGGCGAGCUCUUUCCAAACCAAAAAGUCAGGUAGCAGUCCCCGAAAGAAGAAAGCCAAGGGAGCCCCAACUGGACCAGAGCAUCCAGAGAUUCCACAUCCAAAGCAGCCAAAGGAGCCACAGCCGAUUGAGAUACCAGUUGACAUUAUAGCACCUGCCCCUGCAGUGGCCUCUACAGAGCCUAUACCUAAGGUUGCACCCUCUGCUCCUCAGGCCACACCAUGGACUCCCCCUGUUAUUCCACCCAUAUCAGAGCCAUCUCCUUCAUAUGAGCCUAGGAUUGCUAUAUCCAUUUCCGAGUAUAGAGGCCUAUGCCACACUUUCCAGGCAUUGGCCACUUCUCAGAGCAUCCUCACUCAGCAGAUGACAGCUCUUCGUGCUCAUCAGGAGCAGAUUAUCGCCACUUAG